AUGGAUCCCAGCAGCAGCAGCUGCAUGCGCAGCCCACAGCCUCCCGCCCCACUGUGGGGGUGCCUGCGGAGCACCCCUGCGGACGUCGCCGCAGCUUCAGGGCUGAGCCACUACCCACCAGCACCACUCUCCUUCCAUCCAAAACCAGAUUUUGGUUCUUACGCUGAUUUCUCAACCUCCUGCCUGGUGACUGCUCCCCACAGCUUCCCGCCCGAGGAGCGGGCGUUUGCCGAGCAGCAGCCCUCUUUCCAACACUCCGACUGGCAGUUUGCAGCAACUGAGGCCAGAGGACAACGACAUCCAGGACUGGCCUUGGCUGCUGGGGAGUCAGAAGGCAGCAGCCCAAACCCAGUGAGUGCGGCAGCAGGGAUGAACGAAGAGGAUGAGGUACCAACCAGUACUGCAAGUGCGACGGAGAAGAAGUCAUCCAAAAGAAACAAGGAAAACUCAGAAAACCAGACCGCGAGCAGCAAGGCAGAAAGCAGCGGCAGAUCUCGGAAGGAAAGGACAGCUUUCACGAAGGAGCAGCUGCGGGAGCUGGAAGCCGAAUUUGCCCACCAUAACUACCUGACAAGGCUGAGGAGAUACGAGAUAGCCGUGAACCUGGAUCUCACCGAGAGACAGGUGAAGGUAUGGUUUCAGAACAGAAGGAUGAAGUGGAAACGUGUUAAAGGUGGGCAACCAGUGUCCCCACACGAACACGAUGCAGAAGAUGUGGACUCUGGUGCCUCCCCCAGCUCUGACUAG